CUGAUAUCCACUUCCCACCCAACUUCAACGAGAGCAAAAAGUAUCCCGCGGUGGUGUGUGCUCAUCCGAUUGGAUCAUGCAAGGAACAAACUGCGGGCAAUGUCUAUGGGAAAGCAAUGGCAGAGCAAGGCUUCGUAGUUGUCGCCUUUGACGCAUCUUUCCAGGGUGCUUCUGGCGGCAAGCCUCGCUUUAUUGAAAACCCAGAGUUCCGCGUCUCGGACUUUCGUUUCGUCGUCGACUAUAUCCAGACUCUGCCUUAUGUUGACGCCGAUCGCAUUGGCGUACUCGGCAUCUGCGGUGGAGGAGGCUAUGCUAUCAACGCUGCCAUGACGGAUUACCGAUUCAAGUGCUGUGUUGGCAUUACUCCUGCAAACUUUGGCCGUCUCUCUCGUGAAGGGUUUGCCGGCUUCGACCCGGUUGGCGCUCUUGAAAAGAUGGCUGCCCAGCGCACUGUUGAAGCCCAAGGUGGAGAGCGACUGGUGAUUAAUUACCUCCCGCCAACAGUUGAAGACGCCAAGAAAGCUACUACCGAUAUCGACAUCCGCGAGGCCACCGAAUACUACAAAACUAACCGGGGUCAGGCAUCCAAUGGCUGUACCAGCGGCCUAUUCUCAUUCAACAGCUCUGCCCUCACAUGGGAUGCUUUCAACCACGCGGAGGUACUCAUGACUCGACCUCUGAUGGUCGUAGUUGGUGACAAGCCAGGAGGAUUCGGCGCUUACCGGGAUGCUCACGAGAUUCAUGGCCGGGCAGCUUCGAAGGAGAAGCACAUUGUGGUCCUCCCUGGAGUUUCGCACUACAUGCUGUACGACAAGCCCGAGGCCGUUGAACCAGCACUCAAACAAGUUUUGCCUUUCUUGAAGAAGCACCUGGGUGAUGCCAAAUAGGCGGGUUUUGUUUUUUAGAUUGAACUUUGAAAGAUUUAAAUACAGCGCUUGCAUCAGUUGUUUUCUUGGCAACCUAAACAGGA